UAGCUAUACGUGUGGCUGAUUGUCGUAGUAAUUAUUCAACCGCCAGCAAGUUUAGACAUCUUUUAAAUUUUCAAAUUUUUAAAGACUAUUCGAAGCUUCUCCACAAUGUUUUCAAACACUUACUUGUUUAAUAUUUUUACGGUAUUAUUUGUUUGCAUGAUAUCAAAUUUUGCUACAGCUGAUAAUUUUACUUUGAAAUCAAUAAGUGUAUUGUUUAGACAUGGUGAUCGAACUCCAGAAAAAUCAGCUUUGUAUCCUACGGACCCUCAUGUUAAUGAGGACUUUCAUCCCGUUUCAUUCGGGGGUCUCACGAAUGUAGGUAAAAAACGUGAAUAUGAGCUUGGAAAAUUUCUACGCAAUCGUUACAACGACUUUUUGAGAGACGUCUACAAUCCGGGUGACGUUUACGCCCGGAGCAGUGACUAUAGCAGGACAAAGAUGAGUUUACUCCUUGUUCUUGCUGGACUUUAUCCACCCAACAAAGACCAACGCUGGACUUCAAAACUAAACUGGCAACCGAUACCUAUUACAUACAUGCCAAUAAUGAAGGAUUCGUUAUUACGUCCUCUGAGGUGUCCAACAUUCGGGAAGGAGCAUGCACGAGUCUUGCAAACAAAAGAGUACACCAAAGAUUUUGCACGAUUCGGGGAUGAUCUAAUCAAAUUAUCCAAAUUUACUGGUCUAAAUAUAACAAAAGCUAGGCAGGUAUUAAGUUUAUAUAAUACAUUGACGGCCGAAGCUGGGCUAAAUUUAGCUCUCCCAGAGUGGACAAAACCUUAUUUUCCACAAGGAGUUAUACUGGACGUAGCUAUUUUUGACUUAAAAACCCUUACAUACAAUACGAAAUUGACAAGAUUAAACGGAGGAAUGCUUCUUCGCAAGUUUCUUGAUGACGCGUCAGCUGUACAGCAAGGUAGACGAGGGCCAAAUAUCUUUCUCUACAGCGCACACGAGGUGACAGUUUCGGCACUGUUAUGGGCACUAAAGGUAUCAAAGUCGGAAAUACCGGAAUAUUCUAGUUCCGUUAUUCUGGAACUUUGGGAAAAAGACUCGGAAUACUACGUCAAAGUGGUGUACUACAAAGGGGUUCCAUCAGAAUCAGAAGAUCGAACGAUCCAGGGAUGUUUCGAAUUCUGUCCCCUUGAAGAUUUCAAAAAUAUAUUGCGCGACCAUAUACCCGACGACGUCGAUCGAGAAUGUUUCGAGUGAUCGUUGCUCCGCAUUAUCGGAGAAGUGUAAAUAAUAUUACCAUAUAACUAAAUUCAUCGUGUAGGAUAGAAAAUAGAAAAUAAAGUUAAAAGACGCACGAAGCGCAAAA